AUGUCGUGGCCGACGCACCGACUGCCAACACGGCUGUCGCAUGCCCAGACCCGGCCGCCCCAGGACUCGGCGAUCCCGGCACAGCUACGUGAGCGCAUCGAGCGCGUGCGCAAGGUCCACAUGGCGGUGUCGGUCUUCCCUCGGCUGACCAGCCCGCCGUCGUACCUGCAGCACCUGCUGGCCAUGCCGGCCAGCGACAAAAACCCUCCCUCCGGCCUGAGCCAAGACCUGGUCGGGCCCAGCGUCGACAGCGUGGACCUGGAUUCCGGCGACCCGCCGGCCGAGCGCUGGUACUGCAACCCGGCCGCCUUGCUGGAGACCCUGCCCUCCAGCUGGUCCUUCGACCAGGCCUUCACCAACAUCAAGCUCGACUGGGGUGGCCUUUGCGCCACCAUGGGGACCGAUGCCGACAACAAGCCGCGCAGCAUUCGCAGCAAUGUCACGGUCCCGCUCUAUUGCGGCAUCUACUACUUCGAGGUGAUGGUCCUCGAAUGCGAGGGAGCCGGGGCCACUUGUGUCGGCUACUCUUCGCACAAGUGCGUGCAACAAAGUCUCCCAGGCUGGGUCAACGAGUCCUUCGGCUACCACAGCGACAAUGGGCACUUCUACAAUCAAAGCAGCACGGGCACCACCUUCGGGCCGUGCUUCGGCGUGGGCGAUGUGAUUGGAGCCGGGUAUGAUAUCCGCCGGCGGCGGAUUUUCUUCACCAAGAACGGCGUAUACCUGGGCUGCCCAAUCGACUUCCGUAAUGUCGACGGCCGGGGCUGCCCCCCGGCGUCGGUUUUCUUGGCCCCCGCCGUCGGGUUCACCCAGCCCGGGGAUAGCGUGGUGGCCAACUUCGGCAACUGGCCCUUUGUCUUCGACAUUGACGCCCAUGUUAAGGCCGAGCAGGAACGCGUGUGGUCCAUUCUGCAGGUGUGGCCGGACCCGGCCGGGCAGCCACGCACCGCCGGGCAGCAGCUGGCCGGCCUCUUUGACCGGAUCUAUCGGAACCGGCCACGCACGCUGGAGGACUAUGGCCCGGGGAAGGGCCAAGCCGAGCCCGGCGAGGCGCGCUCGGCCGGGGCCCACCCGCGCGAGGCGGCUGCCAGCGACCGGGGCUCCUCCAUCGAGCAUCUGGUGGGCAAUCCCCAGAGCCUGCCCAGUCCGGGCGAGCGCAUCGAAACCGAGGCUCGGCUGUUGAAAGUCGGAGCCCAGUCCCUGGUUCUGGGGUACCUGAUCCACCGCGGCGCGGAUCAGGCGGCCGAGACCUUCUUCCGGUCGACCUACCCGGAGCUAAGCAACAACAUCGAAGGAGAGCCGGCCUCCGGCCCGGGCCAGGAGCCCCUGGCCGCGGAGAGCCCGCCGCCCGCCGAAAGCAGCACCGACAGCCCGAAGCCCCGGUCGCCGGUCGCCCCGCGGCACACGGUCCCGCUGCAAAUGGCCCACGAUCUGGAACGCCUGCGCGGGCAGAUGGAAGUGGCCCGCAUCCACCGGACCGUCAAUCGCCUCAUCUGCGCCGGGUACCCUGCCGAGGCGAUGGUCAUUUUGCGCCAGCUGAAGACCCACGCCGGGGAGGCGUCCCCCCGGCUGGCGGGUGAUGGCGGCACCUCGGCCGGGCCCCCCAAGGCCGGUAGCAUCAGCGCCGCCGAAGCUGUCCUCAUGGAUCCAAGGCUCAAGUUCCGUCUUCUGGCUCUGGACUACGUUCGACGGUACCUGCGCGGCGGGUCCCUGGCCCCGGUGGAGAUCUUCGACCUGAGUGUCCCUCUGCCGGAGGACAUCCACCGGCGCAUCGCCGAGAUGGGCCCGGGCUCGUGGCGGCCCUCCUGCAGCCAGGAAAACUUCCCCGACCUCACGGCGGCCCUCUACUAUGGGCAGAAGCUCAACCAUGACAGCCAGGACCUGCUGGUGUCGGAUCGCCAUGCCUUCCUGCAUGUCAAUCGGCUGUUCAGUCUGCUGGCCUAUUUGGGCCGGUCCUUCGGCGAGGGGGCCCACCCGUCGGACGGGAUGGCCCCCGAGGCGCUGCAUGCCCCCCAGCCGGGGGACUGGUCGGUCGAAGGGCCGGCCCAGCCGCCCAGCGACGCGGACCACGCAUCCGGCGGACCCAUCCCCACGCAUCGGUAUCCCCCCUGGCCGCUGCUGGCCCCGACACACGUCCAGGACAUCUGGGCUGUGGAAGGGGAGCCCGGCUUCAAUCGCGUCACCAGUGAGUGUGCCCGUGUGGCGGCCCUGGUGAAUGCGGCGCUGCUGCACUACUCCCGGUUUCCCAUUCGCCCGCACCUGGAGCUCAUGGCCCGGCAGGCGCGAGUCUGUGAGAAGAUGAUCAUCGAGGGACCGGCCCCGGCCAGCUGGCCCUACAGCGACAACCCCCCAGCCGGGCACAGCCCGAAGCUGGUCUUCCGCCAGGGGUUCCCCUUCGUGGAUCCGUUCCGGCCAGCCGGCAUGGAUCAAUUGACCCGGCAGUCGGCCUUCGACAUGGCUUGGGACUCGUCGGGGGUGCCGGCGGCGGCCGGGGCUCAGUCGGCCCCGGCCGGCGGGCGCUCCGACCCGGGAGCCCCGGCUGCCGGGGCCGGCGACCGGAAUGCCCUGUCCUGGAACAACACCCUGCAAAAGAGCGACCUGGCCUUUGUGGAUGCGGCCCUGCGCUCGGGCAUCGGCCCGGGGCCGAAGCAUUUCUUCGCGUCGGCGAUGGCCGCACCACCGGCGGCGGCCGCGGCGGCGGUCGCUGCCGUGUCGGUCCCAGCAUCCGCCCCCGGGCUGGGGCCAAACUUGGAUCCCACCAAGGUCGGCUCCGCGGGAGGGGCCUUCCGCGGGGGGAUGCCGGGCAGCGGCUCGACUGGCAGCCCCUUCGGGCAGCCGGCGCUCGGGAGUGGCCCGCUGCGUGUGCCGACCUUCGCCUCGGGCGUGCCCCUGCCUGAUGGCAGCAGCACCCCGGGCCCGGGCGUGGACCGCUCGUCGCAGCCGGGCCCGCAUGACCAGGCCUUCAGCGGUGUGGCCGCCUCCAGCUCGACCGAUUCCUCGGUGUCCGAUACGGCAGCCGACGGGCAAUACCUUCGGCCAGCGGGCCAGUCCUGGCGCGGAGCCCCGGCCCCCGGAGCCGGGCAGGGCAACGCCUCCGCGGCUGCCGCGGGCGGGCAGCACCUCCUUGCCACGGCCGAGCCGACCGCCACCCAGGAGGACGUGGACAUGGGCGAGUAGCGAGAUCUCCAGGGGGCGUGCCGGCCAAUGGGCCGGAAGUCCACCGGGCGGAGAGGAAUCGGGCCACCAGGGGGGCCAGCCCCUCGCGCUGACACCCACCUCGGGCCUCGGGCCGUUCAUUGCUAGGAUGGCCGGCGAGAGCGGCAUCUCGCGGCGC